AUGGGGCUGUCUUUCACCAAACUGUUCAGCCGACUGUUUGCUAAGAAAGAGAUGCGUAUUCUUAUGGUGGGUCUUGAUGCUUCUGGUAAAACCACCAUUUUGUACAAGCUCAAGUUAGGCGAAAUUGUGACCACCAUCCCUACCAUUGGAUUUAAUGUGGAGACUCUGGAAUAUAAGAACAUUAGCUUCACUGUCUGGGAUGUUGGGGGUCAAGACAAGAUUCGACCUCUAUGGAGACACUACUUCCAGAACACACAAGGGCUGAUCUUUGUGAUCGACAGCAAUGAUCGAGAUCGUGUUGUUGAAGCCAGAGAUGAGAUGCACAGGAUGUUGAACGAGGACGAAUUGAGGGAAGCUGUGCUUCUUGUGUUUGCAAACAAGCAAGAUCUUCCCAAUGCAAUGAAUGCUGCUGAGAUCACAGAUAAGCUCAGCCUUCAUUCUCUUCGGCAACGCCAUUGGUACAUCCAGAGUACAUGCGCCACUUCUGGAGAAGGUUUGUACGAGGGAUUGGACUGGCUUUCAAACAACAUCACUAGCAAGGCAUGUUAA